AUGGCAACAAAAUAUAACAUGUCAAUUCAAUUAUUUUUACUUUUUGUCAAUAUAAUCCUAAUUCGCAUCUCUCAAUGUAGUGAAAAUAAUGAUUAUAAUUAUGAACCUUUCAAACAUUUACAAUAUCCAACUGUAAUGAAAGAUAUAGAAGAUGAAUGUGAGAAAUGUGAUCGUAAAAAAUGUCCACCUAUUAUACAAUGUAAUGUUGGUACAGUACGUGAUAAAUGUGGAUGUUGUGAUAUUUGUGCAUUAGAAGAAGCUCAAUUAUGUAAUAUACCUGAAGAUUUUAAAAAUGGUAUUUUAAAACCAGGAAUUACAUGGCAUGGAAUAUGUGGUACAGAUUUAGAAUGUCGUACACGUACAGAUAUUGACUCAAAGAUAAUUGGAUCGCAAAGUAUAUGUUAUUGUGUUAAACCUGGUAAAGUAUGCGGUUCUGAUGGUGUAACGUAUUCAAAGUGUAAAAUGAAUGCAACAAUCAUCUCAUCGAAUGGUACAGUUAUUCCAAUUAGUGAAGGACCCUGUCAAACUGCGCCUUCGGUCAAAUUAACUGUAUUAAAUCAAACUGUUAUUGAAGGUACAAAUGUUACAUUGAUUUGUGAAGCACGCGGUUAUCCGCUUCCAACCAUUACUUGGUAUUUUAAUAAACCAAAUCAAAAGCAGGAUAAAAUUCAAAUGCCAGGUAAUUACAAAGAUUUUACUGUUAGUGUUCGUGGAGGAACUGAAGAAACACACACUAUAUCUUAUUUACAAAUAACAAAUUUCAUCUUAGAAUAUGAAGGUGAAUAUGUAUGUAUGGCUGAUAAUAUUGUUGGAAUUAAAGCACAAGGUACAUCAUUAGUUAGAAAUAGUGCUUCACCAAUGUUUUCAUCUUCAUUAAUUUCAUCCACUGAAUUAUAUUUACAUAAUGAUGAUGAUGAUGAUGAUGAUGAAUCAAAACAAUAA